GCUUCUGAUAUCCACGGACAGACCGGUUAAGUCUAUUGUCUGACGAUCCCACGGUCAACGAAGUCCAUGUUUGUGGGGCCCAGGACAAACAAGUACAUAACGAAGGCUUGGUUCUAUCCCCAAACUGAUCGUACGCGAGCUAGAUGACGGGGGAGGAUAUCGCGGCAGUGCCUGGCUGACACUUACAACUGUGCGCCCCCAACCCAACCCCCUUCCUGUCCUCCCUGCCCAGCCGCAUAGCCCCGGCGCUAGCAAUGGGCAAGGAAAUUUAAAUGUCCUAUCGGGAGCCGUUGGUGCUCGAGCUCGGCAGUGGUCGAGUCGUCGACAGCAUGUCUGAGGGCACCUCGAGCGGAGUUCGACGCACAAGAGGAGUAUCGCCAUCAGGCUACAGUACGAUACCCACGCUUUGCUAUGUCAUCACAAAAACACGUUGUCCUCCGUUUCAAGCAGCUCUUUGAGACUCCCUUUGUCCUUCGAAGCGUGCCGACCGAUCGUUCCCGCGCGGCGUCACAUAGC